AGGCUGCGGCCCGGCCCCUUGGCGGUGCGGGCCCCUUGGCGGGGUGAUGCCUGCCCACGGUUGGGCCGCGCUGCCCCCCACGGUUGGGCCGCGCUGCGCCUUAGCUGCCGUCGUCCGUCACGGGCGAGGGCAUCUCUGAGCCCUGUGUCUCCGGGAGCGGGGGCGGCACGCGGGGUUGGCGAAGCCCACCUCCCCGCUCUGAGGGUGGGCUGGGUGCCGCCGCGAGCCGGCUGCGCCGUGCGUGUGCCUGGAGCAGGGUGCGGCGCUGCCGCCUGGCGCUGUGCCGAGGCGAACGGGACCUUGGCAGGAUCCCGGGUCGUCCGUGCUGGUUAAUAUUUAUGGUCGUGCCUGCACGGAGGCUCUGGGGCCCCGACCUGGCAGAUCGUUUGCCUCAUUUCGGGGCCGGCUCGGGUUCCUCCUUGCUCCCAGCACGGCCCUUGAGUGGGAUGAGAGGCUCGAUGGGAAGACGAGCGCUUGGCUGUGUGUUCCUUUGCUGUCUGAGGGACGGCACCUCGGCCUGGGGGUGCCUGCGAAGUGUGGCACUGUCCUGGGAGGAUCUGGGGGAGGGGGAAGGAGAGGUACUGGGACUUUCACACAGCGCUGUGAGGUUGGGAUAGGAGUGGGGUGGCCUCUGCAGCUUGGUCCAGAACCUGAGGCAAAGGGAAGUGGCAUCCAGAUGCUGCCUUCUAGGUGUGAGGACAGGGCAUGUAUAUUGUGUGUGCUCCCUCAUUUCUGAAUCAGUUAGGAAAGACUGGUGAGGGGAUCCCCCGUGGUUUUUGAGCAUUCCCUGCCCUGGAAUGGGCUCAGCGCCCCAAGUGCCCGCACCGUCUCUAGUUUCCCCUGAGUCAGACUCUCCGUGUCAGUCCCCAUCCCCCUCCCCUCUGGGAAAGACGAGAUGGGAGCAGGGAGCAUCUGAGGUCAGGUGCGGAGGCCUGAGAGCCCCGUGUCCCCCUCUCCAUGCGCAGAGCUCAAGAAAGCAGCAACACGGGCUCCAGCUCGGGCUCAGCGCCACCUGCUUCUGCUCUGCGUCCUGUGCAGGGUGCAUCUCAGCAGGGAUGAGAAGCCGGCAGCGGAUGUUCGCAGCGGUGAUGCGCCUGCUCCUCAAGUGCCUGCGUCUGGGCCGGCGGCGGCGCUUUAAGUUGCUGCGGCAGGCAGGACAGCUGUGGCACUACGGGCGUCUCUGUCUCCGCUCCCUGCUCUACAAUUCCUUCACCGACAGCGACGUGGUGCUUGACUCCCUCUUUGAGCCUGUCUACUGGCUGGUGGACCAUGUCACCCGCUGGUUUGGUGUGGUGUUUGUGGCACUGGUGAUAGGGUUGACAAGCUCCAUUGUGGCCAUCGUAUACAUCUGCCUGCUGCCCCUCAUCCUGCAGACAUACACACCUGCCUGGAUUUGCUGGCAUCUUGCCUACGGACACUGGAAUCUCAUCAUGAUUGUCUUCCACUACUACAAGGCCAUCACCACCUCGCCUGGGCACCCUCCGCAGGCCAAGAACGAUCUCACUGGCGUCUCCAUCUGCAGGAAAUGCAUUGCCCCCAAGCCGGCUCGCACCCAUCACUGCAGCAUCUGCAACAGGUGUGUGCUGAAGAUGGACCACCAUUGUCCCUGGCUCAAUAACUGUGUUGGGCACUACAACCACCGCUACUUCUUCUCCUUCUGCCUCUUCAUGACCAUGGGCUGCAUCUACUGCAGCAUCAGCGGCUGGGACAUGUUCCGGGAUGCCUAUGCAGCCAUUGAGAGACUGAAACUACUUGAGAAGGAGAGACUGCAGGUGGCCGCCAACCAGACAUAUUACCAGACCCCACCACCCACCUUCUCCUUCCGCCAGCGAGCUUUCCAUAAGAGUGUGGUCUACCUCUGGGUCCUAUGCAGCUCAGUAGCACUGGCCCUGGGUGCCCUCACACUGUGGCAUGCUGCCCUCAUCACCCGUGGGGAAACCAGCAUUGAGAGGCACAUCAAUAAGAAGGAGAGGCAGCGACUGCAGAAGAAAGGCAAGGUAAGCACAGCCCCAGAGUGGGAGGGCCAGCCAUGCAGAGCCAGACUUGAUGUGCAUCUCUCUGGCCCACAGGUGUUCAGAAACCCCUACAGUUACGGCAGCUGGGAUAACUGGAAGGUGUUUCUGGGAGUGGAUGUGCCAAGGCACUGGCUCACCCGUGUCCUGCUGCCCUCUCCUCACUUGCCCCAUGGAACAGGCCUGAGCUGGGAGCUGCCUCCCUGCAUGACUGAGCAGCGUGCACCGCUCCUGGCCAUCUGAGGUCUGGGUGCUGCAGCAGUCCCUCCCUGCUGGCAGGGGAGACACAGGGGACCCACUCCACAACCACGGCUCAGUUUGGCCUAAGUGGCUGGGGGAAGGCAGGUGUGCUGGCACACACCUUCUACCAGAGCCAGCGCUCUAGGAAAUGGAACUUUGAGGCCUGGUUGCCUGCUCUAUUAGUGCCUCAGUGGCUGCAGGCAGCCCUGGGGAAGGGGGCAGUUGCUAUUCCUGUCUAGAUGAAGGUACUGCCCUCACUGCGCACCAAUAUGGGCCAGCACAGGGCCCAGUGUGGCUCUGUGACAGGGCAGGGGGCAGAGGAUGGCUUACCUGCCCCCUAAGCAUUCCCCAGGGAGACUUUUUAAGAGCAU